AUGUCAGAGGUGGAUGAGACAGAGGCAGAUAUGACACAGAGAGGUGGAUAUGUCAGUGGUGGAUAUGCUAGAGGUGGAUAUUGCAGUGGAUAUGCAAGUCGUGGCAGUGGUGGAUAUGGCAUUGGUGGAUAUGCUAAUCGUGGCAGUGGUGGAUAUGGCAGUGGUGGAUAUGCUGGUCGUGGCAGUGGUGGAUAUGGCAGUGAUAAAAGUGUCAGCAGUGGAAAUGCUAAUCGUGGCAGUGGUGGAUAUGGCAGAGGUGAAUAUGGCAGUGAUAAAAGUGUCAGCAGUGGAAAUGAAAGAGGUGGAUAUGGCAGUGGUGGAUAUACUAGUGGAUAUGGCAGUGGUGGAUAUGGCAGUAAUAAAAAUGGCAGUGGUGGAUAUGGCAGUGAUAAAAAUGUCAGUGGUGGAUAUGGCAGUGAUAAAAAUGUCAGUGGUGGAUAUGGCAGUGAUAAAAAUGUCAGUGGUGGAUAUGGCAGUGAUAAAAAUGUCAGUGGUGGAUAUGCUAGAGGUGGAUAUGUUAGUGGUGGAUAUGGCAGAGGUGGAUAUGGCAGAGGUGGAUAUGGGGGUUAUACAUAUGAUAGAGGUGGAUAUGCCAGUGAUGGAUAUAGAAAAAGUGGGUAUGACAGAGAUGCCAGCCUUAAUCAAGGUGAGGGACACAGAAUUGGUUGUCAACAGAAUGAUGAACUGAGAAAUGAAAAAUCAUUGUUACAAAAUGAUGAUAAUGAAGAUCAGGAAAAAGAAGAUAAAGAAAUUGAUGUUGAAUCAACCAUGUGUAAUGAAGAAGAAGAAUUUCCAAACAGUUCUGAUUUUGAACUUAAUUUGGAAGAUAGAUCAGGUCUCAGUUAUUUAGAUGAAGAAGAAGAUUUGACAGUGUAUGCUUAUGAGGAAACAAUCACAAUAAAGGAAAGAGAUAACAGUAUCAGUGCUGUAGACUAUCUGAUGGAGAAAGAUGUGGUGGCUGUUCAUGUUGAAGUGUCCAAAGAUGGCUUACAAAGAAUACUUUGUGUAACUGAAGAUAAAUCAUAUAUCUUUGAAUUGGAAAACAAUCCAUUCUUAAUGACUUUUGGCAAAGUGGCAGAAUUUUUUAGUUGGACCCCAGAACCAAAGGGACCAACCAAAGUAUUUCAUGGAUUAGAUUCUAAGACGUGUGCUGUGUUUUUUGACAAAUAUGACAUCAUACUGGAUGGAACUAAAAUAUAUGAUCUCAAGAUUGCUUAUGAUUUGAUGAAGGAAAGGUGUUUAGAUGCCCACAUCACAGAACUGAAUAAAACUGGAUUCAGUCCUUACAACUGUAUCUAUAACAUAAAUACUGUGUGUUUGACCUACAUAAAGGCAUAUCAGUAUUUAUCACAGGUCCAAUUUCAAAAAGAAAUAAAAGAUUGCAAGAAACACCUGUUUGAAAUGGUCAGGGCUGAAAUUAAUUCAGAAAAGUUGAAAAAAGCUAAAGAGAGAAAGAAAAAAGAAUACAAAGCUGCUAAUAAAGAAAGGCUAUCUCACUUAGGCCGAACAUCAAAGUUUAAAAAACAGAAAAGAAAGAUGGAUUUUCCUGUUCAUCAGUUGGCUUCAGAAUUAAAGGAAAAAGAAAUUACUAAUGAGAGAGAGGAAAAAUUAGAAAACAUUCCAAGCAAGGAUUCUACAAGCUAUCAAAAUUUUACAGCUGCCAAACAAUUGCCAGAAAACUGCAACUCAACAAUUAAUUUGCAAGCUGGUUUAGCACAUGUAUCUUUGAAUAACAAUUUACAGCAAGAAUUUAAUGAAACCAGGCAAAUGGCAAAACAAUGUGCAACACAAAAGUCACAGGAAGAACAAUGUCAGGUUAUUGCUGUUGUGAAACACGAAAGUGUCGACUUUCCUGACGGACGCAGAUAUACAUGUAGAUCAACUAUAGUACCCGAUCCUGUCAGCGUUGAAGGAAAAAGUACAGCCACACAAACUGAGUCAGAUAAAUGUAAAGAUGUAGGCGUUCAGUGUGAAAUUAUAGAUUGGAACAAAUAUCAGAAAAUGAUCGAACUAGCAGAAGUCGUUCUUCGGUAGAAUAUAAACCUACAAGGAAAUGUGAUCUUUUGCCAUCACUUGGAGUCUGUUGUUCAGUCAUCUGUCCGGUGAAAAAUAUUUCAAACAUCUUCUCUUCUGAAACUACUAAACCAAUUCCAACCAAACUUAAGCUGAAUGAUCCUUAGGUUUUUUAAUUUUCUGUUACGUAAAAAAAAAUGGCUGUGGCUAAAAAUAGAAUCUAUAUCAAAUUAUGCCAAUUGAAAAACUAUCUUUUAUUAUAUUUGUAUAUGUGUUUGCUGUUGAUUUUGAAGGUUGAUUUUUUUUCAAAACAUUCCAACUUAUUUUGGGUCAAUUCUGGUAAAUUAAAGUAGACAAAAAAGGAUAGUGAUCGAUAUCAUGAAUAUCUGUGAUAUCUUUGUUCAAUAUAUAUUUUUGUGCCAUGAUUUAUA